AAGGAACUUCAUUCGGACUAUGUACGCGGAAGCUGAGAAUUUGUUGUCGUCUGCGCGAUAUUUCGAAGCUCUUCAUCGCGAAGAGUUGGAUUUUAGCGAUAAGCAACCCGGGGAAGUGUUCGCGUGUUUGACGCAGAACCGUACUUGCGGAGAACUGAUCUCGCAGGAUAAAACCGUUUACGGGGAAAUUCCCAAGUGUCGCGAGUGCGUCAGCGCCCAACAAAAUGGCCGGUCUUCCGAUCGGCUGUGUCGGUUUCAAGACUUCAGAACAUUCAUCUUCAGACGCAAUGUUGUUAAGCCCAGUGUCGGGUUUCUCAAGUAUUCCUACAUUUCGAACCCGGAAGAAUUCGAACCUUGGCUACCCACAAAAUCCGCUCUGCAGACUUCCCCGGAAAAACUGAAACUUUCCGCUGGUAAGAUGCUGUCCAACGUUGGUGAUUGUUUUUGUCGCAUUGUCAGAGAAGAACAGGAGGUUCUGGAUUUGCAUUCGAAAUCCUGUGAAGUUCAAAAUUACAAGCCUUCGGUCGCAUAUAAGCGUUUGCCUCCUUUGGUCCGAGAUAUUUGUGAUGUGUGUGAAACCACUCUGUUCAACUUGCAUUGGAUUUGCAAAGAAUGUGGCUUCGGAGUUUGUAUUGACUGCUACAAAGAAAACAAAGCCGAUGAAGAACGGGAUCCUGAUGACAAAGCCCUCCUUAGGAGACGCAUUUGGCCACCUUGCACGAAAGAGAAUCCGGAUCACUGUUCCACUGAUCUCAUGCUCACACAAUUAAUCCCUGGGAGCCUGUUGUUCGAUAUGAGCGAGGCGAUGCAUGCGUUGAGAGACGAACUGAAAAGGGAAUGGCGUGCUGGACAGCCGGUAAUAGUGAGCAACAUCGGAAAACGAAUGGAUCUCAGUCUGUGGAGGCCGAGUAAAUUCUCGGAUGAUUUUGGCGAAGAGGAGCAUGAUUUGGUGAACUGCUUGACCGAUAAAGUGCUCGUUAAUCAACCCAUGAAAAAAUUCUGGGACGGAUUCGACGACAAAAAGAAACGAAUGCUGUGUGGAAACGGAUUGCCGAUGUUGUUGAAGCUCAAGGAUUGGCCACCCGGAGCCGACUUUGCCGACGUGAUGCCCGACCGUUUCCGAGAUGUGAUGCAGGCCCUUCCGAUCCCGCCUUUUACGCGACGGGAUGGCAUAAUGAACCUCGCCUCGUAUCUUCCGUCGCAAUUCCUGCCUCCUGAUCUGGGCCCGAAGAUGUACAUUGCCUAUGGGUCUGCUGGAAACCCCAUGCUUGGGACGACUAAUUUGCAUCUGGAUAUAUCCGACGCAGUGAACGUGAUGGCGUAUGUCGGAAGCAGCGGCGAACUGCAGGAUGAAUUGAAAAAAGCCACUCGGGCGCUCAUGUUGGCCGGAGUAGAUCUGUCUACGCUGGAAGCCAUAAAUGAAACCGAUCGAUUACCCGGAGCCCUGUGGCAUAUUUAUGAGGCGAAAGAUGCCCCCGUGAUUCGGCGAUUUUUGCGAAAAAUCGCCGCCGAAAAGGGACAUCGCGUCAAAGCGGAUUCGGAUCCGAUCCAUGACCAACAAACGUAUCUGGACGACACACUUCGGGAGAGGCUGCGCGAGGAAUAUGGUGUGCUCGGUUAUGGCUUUGUGCAAUGUCUGGGCGACGCUGUUUUCAUCCCUGCCGGUGCUCCGCAUCAAGUCCGGAAUUUGCUGAAUUGUAUCAAAGUUGCCGAAGAUUUUGUUUCGAGUGAAACCCUGGAGAAGUGUUUCGAGUUGACGAAGGAAUUCAGGCGGCUGUCGGCCGCUCAUGCGAAUCGUGAGGACAAAUUGCAGAUCAAGAACAUUGUUUACCAAUCGAUAAGGCAGGCUUUGAGCGUUUUAUUGCCUGAAACGAUUCUAUUUGUUUGUGUGUUUGUGGGGAUUGAUUUUGGGCCUGCAAACAUGCAGAGAACGGAAAAACAUCUGGAUGCAGCGUUGGACGCGAUGAUCCAACGCGUCACGGAUUUGAAGAAUGCCAUAGCUCAAGUGAUCGCUAAAAUUGAUGUCGAACGUGACACGUUGAAAUGGCCUUCAUUACUCGACAGUUACGGGCUUCUC